ACCGUUUGUAUUUUGUCCAGCUUCAUGUCAGUCUGUUGUUGAAGCGGCUCUUUCCGGACACACGCUCCAUUCAUCUCAGUCUUUUUUUUUUUCACCGGUGUCCGUUACUGCAGGUGUCCGUUUGGAGUGGUCUACAGUCCGGUAUGUCGGGCUCCACUCCCCCGCCUCCCUCUGUGGAGGGCACCGAGGGAUGCUUUCCUCCCGGAUACAAACCUUUCAAACCCGAGGAGCACGGCCUGGAGCGCGGGUUCCGGCUCACAUCCUACUCGGACCUGAAGGGAUGAGGCUGUAAGGUCCCGCAGGAGGCUCUGCUCAAACUCCUGGCGGGACUGGAGGCGGACCGGGCCGAUGGGACCGGGAAGGCCGGGGACCAAGGAUCGGAGUUCGUCCAGCAGUUGUCCGGCCCCCGCCUCGGUGUCGGGAUGGACUGCUGUGUGAUCCCUCUGAGGCAUGGAGGACUCUCUCUGGUCCAGACCACAGACUUCUUCUACCCCCUAGUGGAGGACCCCUACAUGAUGGGCAGGAUAGCGUGUGCUAACGUCCUCAGUGACCUGUAUGCUAUGGGGAUCACGGAGUGUGACAACAUGCUGAUGCUGCUGAGCGUCAGUCAGAAGAUGAAUGAGAAGGACCGUGAGCGUGUGAUGCCGCUGAUGAUUCGGGGGUUUCGUGAUGCAGCAGAGGAAGGCGGGACUUCAGUGACGGGCGGUCAGACGGUGAUCAACCCCUGGAUCAUCGUGGGAGGAGUCGCCUCAGUCGUCUGUCAGCCCAACGAGUUCAUCAUGCCGGACGGAGCCGUGCCAGGCGAUGUCCUGGUCCUGACCAAACCUCUGGGGACACAGGUGGCUGUGAACGCUCACCAAUGGCUAGAUCAGCCUGAAAGAUGGAACAAGAUCAAGCUGGUCAUCACCAAAGAGGAAGUCAAAGAGGCCUAUCAGGAAGCCAUGUUCUCCAUGUCAACGCUAAACCGCACAGCGGCCGGCCUGAUGCACAAGUUCCAGGCUCACGCUGCCACAGACGUGACGGGAUUCGGGUUGUUGGGACACGCCAACAACCUGGCAGCACAGCAACGCAACGAGGUGGCCUUUGUCAUCCACAACCUGCCCAUCCUGGCCAAGAUGGCUGCCGUUAGUAAAGCCUGUGGGAACCUGUUCAACCUGGUUCAGGGCACGUCGGCAGAGACUUCAGGUGGGCUGCUGGUUUGUCUGCCCAGAGAACAGGCGGCUAAGUUCUGCUCUGAGAUGAAGAGUCAGAGCUGUGCGGCUGGAGGUCAGGGGGCGUCGGGUGGAGCCUGGAUCAUUGGAAUUGUAGAGAAAGGCGACCGCCGCGCUCGCAUCAUCGAUAAGCCUCGCAUCAUCGAGGUUCCUCCACGAGGAAGUCAGGCGGCAAAUCAGGACAACAGCCCAGCUCCGAGCCCCAACCUGUCGUAGAUGCUGCCUCCUCUGCAGUGUGCGUGUGUGUGUGUUUGUUUGGAUGAGUGUGUUUGUGUGUGUGUCUCAUUUUCUCACAGUGACAUCUUUUCCAGCAGGAGAAUGAACGGACAGAUUUAUUAUGAAUAUUUUGGGAUGGAGCCGCUUUAAGAAGACAAAGUUCAGCCAUUUAGGAGUUAAAUUAGAAUCCAGGAUAGUUUUCUGCACUUACUCUCCUCCUCCCUGUUUCCCUAGCCCCGCCCCCUUCUGUCAUCAAUCGUCAAAGACACAUAUGACUCUUCUAAUUUAUUUAAAUGUGAAAAUAAUUUCUGCAAACAAUCGUCCGACUUCUUCACAGAAAACAUUCCAAAAUGCCUCUUAAACAUUAAAUUAAGUGUGUGUGUGUGUGUGUGUGUGUGUGUGUGU